AUGGGUGCUAAUUCUUCCUAGGGUGAGAAAUUUGUGUAAGAAUUCUAAAAAUAAUGUGUAAAAGUGAGAGAAUUAAAAGAUUUACGUUUUGGAGAUGUUUAGAUUUAUAGAACACAAUAGAAUACCUACAUAAUGGUAAAAAGUAUCUGGUGCAAUAAUUCAUCAGAGUAUGAAACAUCUAUUAGUAAUAUAAAAUUGAUUAGUUUAGGUAAUUGUGAGUAGAGAUCUAAGAUUUAGCAUUAAAAUUUAGUCAAACUGUUAGGGUUUCAUUCAAAUUCAUAAAAUUAAUGGUGUGGAGAUUUUUCAAAAAUUACAGUAUAUUUGGAAUUCUUCGAUUACACAUUAGAAAAGUCAAUUGAAACAAGAAGACAAACUAAUCAAUACUUUACAGAAGCUGAAUUAUGGAAAAUGUUAUUUACAAUUGCUAAGUUGGGAAUUUAUCUUGAAGAAUAAAAUAAAGUUCUUGGAGAUAUUAGACCUUGCAAUAUUUAAUUAUCAGAUGAUUUAAAAAUGGCUGUAAUUAUUCUAAUUAACUAAUUUAAGGAAUUAGGUAUAUUGAAACCAGAUUAAACAGGUUAUUAAAGAUAAAUAAAUAAUUAAGAAGUAGCAUAUUUAAGUCCAGAAUAAUUAUAUUCAUUUAACAAUCCGUCAAAUACUGCUAAAUCAGAUGUCUAUUCUUUGGGAGUUACUAUGUUAGAAUGUUCAACUCUGAUUAGUGGGAAGAAUCUAUAUAAGUCUAAUAGAAUUGAUGGCAAUCUUCUAUAGUAGUUAUUAGAAACUGUAAGACAACUUGAAUAUUCAAAUCCCUGGUAUAGAAUGGUGAGAGAGUUAUUAAAAGAAUAACCAGAUGAAAGACCUUCUUAUUAAGAUAUUUAUGUAAUUUCAAUAUUGAUAAUCAGGAUGCCCUCAAAUAAUUUGAAGUCCAGAUUUUAAAUCUAUAGCCCUUUUCACUUAUAUAUUAACAGCCUUAACCACCGUAAUAAUCUAUUUCACCAUACAGACCCUCAUAUUAACAAUACUCAUAAUCCUUACCACCUCAACAUUAAUAAUAAUAAUAAUACCCUUAAAGUUAAAUCCCUAUCUAAUUCUAAUAAUAAUUCCAAUAAUAAUAACCAUAAUAAUAAGUUAUUUAACCAUAAUAAUAAUAAUAAUAAUAAUAAGUUAUUUAACCAUAAUAAUUACAUUCUUUACCUUAAUAACCAUCUUAUUAAUAUUAAUAAUAAGUUCUUCCACAACACCAACCAAUACUAGCAUCUUAAUUACCAUAAUAAUAGACUUAAUAAUAACCUAUUCCAUAAUCAUAAUUCCCUCCAUAACAAUAGUCUUAUAUGUAUUCAUAUUAGUAACAACCUUAUUUAAAUGAAUUAGCAAAUGCUUAAUCUAAUUAUUUCGUAUAACAACCAGUUCAUCAUUUACCUUAAUAAAUUGAAUAAUCUCCAUAUCAUACAUUAUAAUCACCAUAAAAUAUGACAUCAACAAUGUAUUAUCAAGAGGAAGAAUAAGGAGAUGGAUUAAAUGAAAUCGAUAGAAAGAUUCAAUAGGCAUUAAAAAUGACUCGGGAUACUGAAAAGAGAAAUAAAUAAACACCGAAUUACUAUUGA